UCGAGCUACCGACUCAGUACCGACGAGCAUCCCUCACUCAGUCAGUUACCGAGCGGAUGUUACAAGUUAAGCAUCUGCCAGGAAUAAAGUAUAUUUUUUCCCUUCUUCACUGAAACAUGGCCAGUUUACUUCUCCGUAUUUGUGCUGUGCCAUUUGGCUAUACCAGUGACCUGAUUGACAGUGACCUGGUUUACGGUGACGAGUGUGUUACUACUGCAGAAAUGAACUGGCGAAACCUCCACAGCUCCAGAGGACUGGCACCUCUACCUGACGUGGUACUCAGCAACGCACCAACACCUUCACCACUACGACGAGCACACUCCUACCUGUCCUUCUUCCCAGACAAGAACUCCACCACUCCUGCCCUCCCGCCCACGACCUCCGCCCUCAACACACACCCAGCCACCACCACCACCACCACCACCCCUUCAGAGGCCCUGGGUAUCGUCAGUAGCAUCCCCACCCGUGCUGUAUCCACCGGGAGAUUAGACGAUAAAGAAAGGGACGCCGUCAAGAAAGGGCUGGAACACAUACGGGAAAUAAGACGCCGAUUGCAGAAUGAACACCCACAACCUGACCCCUACCAUGCCUUACCCCAACUCUCCUGGUUCUUUCCACGCCCUCCUCCCCACCAUCCCCCCAACCACCCUCCCCAAUGUCAGGGAGAGGAAGAGAGAGCCCAAGGACUUGAUGGAGAGGAGGAACACCCACAGGCAGGUGAAGAAGGGGCAAGUGGUGUGUGGAGACGAGCAGGGAGAGAUUUACGCCGAGUUGCUGAUAACUUUCAAUCCAACAGUGCCAAGGUAGGUAACAAAUAAGAAGAGUCACCUCACCUUACUCAACUCGGCUCUAGUCCCAGAAGUGUUUACCACCUGUAUCUCAGUACCUCUCCUGUGUUUUGUGUGGUGGCGACUUCUGAAUAAACUCCGUUGAUCGUCUACCAUAGCAGGCUAAUGGAGUCUCUGUUUGUUACCCUGUGUUUGUCUUGCGGGAGCGGUGUUGGAGGUGUUACAGGGAGGGAAUGAGGAGUGGUGUGCCCCGUUUGAUGUGGUGUUCAUUUGGAGGGUUCACUUUUGGAGGUCGUGGUAUUUGGAGGUUUAUUAUGUUUGGGAGGUUUUGUGCCGCCUCCAACCUCCUCCUCUAACUGUUGUCAUUGAUGCUGUUUUUGCUCCUUGAUGAUUGUAGGGGAAACUAUUUUUUUUUUUUUUUUGGCCAAGUAUUGUAUGAUUUUGUGCCAGCCAUGUUACUGUAAGGGGUUAUGUGUGUGUGUGUGUGUGUGUGUGUGUGUGUGUGUGUGUGUGGAUGCGUCAUGGCAGUCGAAAUAAUUGACCCGCAGCAAAAUGUUCCGAGUCCAGUUAUGUGGGCCAAUUAGAGUGAAGAGGGUGAUGAUUAUACUCACUAUAGUCUCACCUUUAAGUUCUUCAGCACACAACACACACACACACACACUGGCCAUGUGUCUUAAAGCACUUGGAAGCUCAAGAAGAAGAAGAAGAAGAACAAAAAUCAACUCUGUGUAGUUUAUCAUGAAUUCAUAUGUAAUUAAGAAUUGUUUUAUAUGUCCUCUUGGGUGACUUAAAUUUGGUAACACAACAUGAGGAGAGUAAAGUUUAUAGACUCAUUUAAACAUCACUUCCCAAUGUCUUUCAUUAUGGAAUAACUUUUGCAGUCAUGAAUGAUAUACCAUUUUCAUGUAAAGUAUAUAUGUAAGAGGUUUAGAUAGGGUAAGGUAGGAGUCACAGUCCCUUUUAUACUUGACAGUCACGAGGAGAGAGUUUAUGGAAAGGUAAUGUUAGUUUCUUUGUAUUGAGGGCUGCCGUGUGUGUGUGUGUGUGUGUACUACAGGCGGCAGUUACUUGUGAAAGAGUGGAGUGGAGUCAUUGUUAUGGUUGACUGGUUGGGCUUUAUGACAUUGUAAACGAUGGAUCUCACUUGUCGCUAGUAUUGUACACUGAGCGCUGGACUACCAUGUCUUUCAGGAGAGGAUUGCAUCUCUCCCUUAUCAUUUAAGGUCUUUCACAGGAGGGUGGAUAUCUACCUCCUGCCUAUUUUAAGGUCUUUCAGGGGGAGUUGUCUGUUUGCUUAUACCCUAUUUUGGUCUUUCAAUAGGGGAAGAAAAAGAUGAAUCCUUCCUCCCCUAAAAAUAUCCCUAUAAAGUUUAGGGUCUUUCACAGCAGGCAGUCAUCUCUCCCACCCCCCCUAAGGUUAAGGCUCUUGAGGUGAGGCAAUGAUAUCUUCCUCACCAAAUGUUCGCUUAAAUUCUGUCAUGGGAAACGCCUUCUCCCGGUACUAUAGCUUGUUCAGUUCCACCACCAAAGGCAAAAAUAUUAAACCCUCAGAAAUACAACAUAUCUAAAUGCUAUCUCGAUCAUUAUAUUGUAUUGAUAAUCUAGAAUACAAUGCUACAAAAAUACACCGAAAGACAAAAUUUAACUAACGCAUUGCAUAAAUUUAAUACAUAUGUUUUUUCCUGUUAAAUUUACAACUGUGUAAUUCUGAUUAGUGGUAGAAAAUUUCCCUAGGAUUUAUCAUAUCGCAUUUUGCCUUUGGUGUGUGUGUGUGUGUGUGUGUGUGUGUGUGUGUGUGUGUGUGUGUGUUUGUGUGUGUGUGUGUGUACAUGACAUAGAUUAUUGUGGUACUGCAAGUCGUAUAAUUAAUAGGUAAUAUUCUCUCGCUCUCUUGGAUACGGUAAAGCAACCAUAACACAAACAGAAUAUACUCAUAAAAAAAACACCAAAUUAACAAACUUUUAAAUUACAUUGUGAAGACGUAAAAAAUAAAUAAAAUUAUCCAUGGAAUUAAAUAAACCAGUACGUCAUUAUCCAUGGAAUUAAACAAACCAGUACGUCAUUAUCCAUGGAAUUAAACAAACCAGUACAUCAUUUUCUAAUUAUUUAUAAGUAUGUUCUGAGUGGUUAUAGAAUGCUAGAUCAGUGUCCAAGACCAUCAAAGCUAUAACUCGUGAUACAUUGGCAUUAACCGCAAGUGACAGUAUCCUUAGUCGACACGUCACUUAACCCAUGUUGUGGAUAUUGCUUGGUAAAUGUGAACUUAACUUGCCCAUUGUGUUCUGCAGUUAGGUUCAUAGUUACUUGUGCUUUAAAGAACUGGUGAAUCUCUGGUAAAAACCUCACGAAAAAAUAAAUAAAACACUUUAUGAAAUGUAUUGAUUAAUGUAGUGAUGUAGUUACGGAAAUUAUUGAUGAGAAAUUAUAUUUAUUUUGAUAACUGAGGUUACUCUAUGUUUCAUCAGUGUUGCCAGAAUAUGUUGACUGCUAUAUUGUGAUUUUUUUUUAUACCUUUUGGAUAUCCGUAUGUGUUCAACCCUUAUGCUCCUUUUUGGUGGAGCAUUUAGAGUAGAUAAAGAAGAUAAUAUGCAAAUUCAACUCUACAUUUUGAUUAAUUUAACCAAAUCAACAGACAGACAAUCAAGAAUUAUAUGUCAACAUAUGUAGAGCAACAAUACGGCUCCUGUCAGCGCUUAUGAUAAAUAAUGUUAAAAAAAAAAGAUCUCUAUUUUUUCCCGUGCAAUAGAGUGUCAUGCAACUAAACACUGAAUUCUCACCCUAAAAGACAUUUACCUUCUAAGUAUAUACGUUGGCCAGUAUAGUUAACUGUUUUUUUUAUAUUUAUUUCUAGUCACAGUUUUAUGAGAAAGUUGAAAAGCAAAUUGUAGAUAGAAUUUUUUUGGAGAUGUUUUGAUUAAUUUCUUUCAUUUUCGUGGUAAUUUUUUUCAUAAUUUUUUUUCAACUUCGGGAAUUUUUUUUUUAAUUUCUUUCAUUUUUGGUUCUUGUUUAUUAUGUUUGGUAUAAUUAUCACUGGUUGUAUUUCUCCUGUUUAUUUAUUUAUUUUUACCUGACUGAAUACGUUAAUUAAGUACAGGUAAUCAAGGUAAAUACUCCUUAAGUUUAUAUGUUAUCAUAUUUCCUGUAUUAUUAUGUAAUGUGUUUUAGGUGCUUUAACAACUAGCAUCAAUAAUUAGGAAUAUUUAAUUAUGUAGAUAUUAAUUAUGAAACAAUAUAUAUAUUUAUUUAAGUUAAGCUAUAAAAAAAUAAUUAGUGGAUUUUUUGAUUGAUUUUAUUUUUAUUUUCUCAUCAUUGCAGGAAAAUUAAAUUAGUAUCAUCAUCAUCAUCAUCAUCAUCAUUUUCCACAACACAAUUUUUUCCAUCUACAAAAUUCUUCUCAACCCAUCUCAGAGAACCUUGCCUAAUACUCGAUAUUAUCAACUAUAUUCAAAUUCAACAAUACCUUCUAUGCUUCAGUUCUUUUACUUAAUAGGAGUAUAUUAAAUUUUUUUUGUAUAUACACUGUGAGAUGAUAAUGUGUAAAUUCCUC